UGUGGGUCGCUGCCGACGUGGUUUUACACAACGCGGGUUGUGUAACCGGAGCAGGCGUGCCAUUGUGAAAGGGGCUUUAGAGUAAUGCAAAGAGAAAGCAAAUAAUAAAUCGUUUUACGUUUGCAUCCUAGAGCAGAAAGUUUGGAUCUAAUGCGACAUGGAGGCGGACACUAGAACGGAAGUGGUGCUCCUGGCUUGCGGUUCCUUCAAUCCCAUUACUAACAUGCACAUGAGACUGUUUGAACUGGCCCGAGAUCACCUGCAUGAAACUGGAAAAUACAAAGUUGUCAAAGGUAUCAUCUCCCCAGUGGGCGAUGGCUACCAGAAGAAAGGCCUGAUUGAGGCGUAUCACCGUGUUGCCAUGGCAGUGCUGGCCUCAGAGAGUUCUAAUUGGGUGAAGGUGGACCCAUGGGAGAGCGAGCAAGAGGAAUGGGUGGAGACAGCCAAAGUUGUUCGGCAUCACCAUGAAGAAUUGCUGAUGUCUGGCCAGUGUAAAGAUGAAGCUGACCAUGUGAAGAAAGGCAAAAAGAGGAAGCUUAGGGCCAGCGAGGGCGGAGUAUCGGAGAAGCUCUUGAAUACUGCUGUUCCUGAGUUGAAGCUGCUGUGCGGCGCAGACCUCCUGGAGUCGUUCGGCACCCCGAACCUGUGGAAGGAGGAAGACAUUGCUGAGAUCGUGGGCAAGUACGGGCUGGUUUGCGUCACUAGAUCCGGGAGCGAUGCUCAGAGGUUCAUUUACCAGUCUGAUCUCCUCUGGAAACACAAGAAGAACAUUCACCUGGUGAACGAGUGGAUAACGAAUGACAUCUCGGCCACCAGGAUCCGCCGCGCCCUGCGGAGAGCACAGAGCGUCAAGUACCUGUUACCAGAGCCUGUGCUCGACUACAUUCAGAGUCACAAUCUGUACAGCCCAGACAGCGAGGAAAAGAAUGCUGAUGUUAUACUAGCACCAUUGCAGAAACACGCCAACCUUUACAUUUCGGCAGUUCGUUUUGAAGAGUGUUUCUGUCCUCUACUGAAUUCUAACAUGCCUGCCGAUUAUAACGGUACCUGGAAUAUGGUUAGCAAUGAUAACUUUGAAGGUUACAUGCAAGCAUUGGGCAUUGAUUUUGCUACUCGGAAAAUUGCUAAAAUGCUGAAGCCCCAAAAGGUGAUUGAGCAGAAAGGGGAUUUCUUCCACGUGCAGACUCUGAGCUCCUUUCGGAAUUACAACGCUGAGUUCACAGUGGGGGUGGAGUUCAACGAGGAAACCAAAGGACUGGACAAUCGCAAGUGCAAGACGCUAGUUACGUGGGAUAAUGACAGACUUGUUUGCGUGCAAAAGGGAGAGAAGAAUAACCGAGGCUGGAUACACUGGAUCGAGGGAGACCAGCUGUUUCUGGAACUAUCCUGUGAGGAUCAAGUCUGCAAGCAAGUCUAUAAGAAGGCUGAUUGAUUAAUGCUUCUUGUGGGGGGCUAGUGGUUUAAAAGUAAUUCAUAUGUAUUCGUCCAUCUGUAUGUUGGUUCUAAAAAUUUUUUUAAUUGUUCAGGCAAGAAGGAUAGCAUAUACGUUAUUUUACACAUUUUGUUUGACUUUUCUUGUGUUUUAAAUCGUUACUUUGUUUUUUCUUUGUUUUAAAUGCUUUGCAGCUGUUUAUAAAGAAUAUAGAAUUCAACAGGAAAUAUGCUGUAGACCUGCUCUCUGCUAACGCCAAUGAAGUAUUUUCUCAGCCAAAUAUGUAUUUAAGGAUAAUUGGUUUAAGAACAUAAUCUAUAAAAAGUACUGUUACCAGUUAA